AUGUCAACAGAUUCAGAUAUCCCAUCCGCGGCGAACCGCGUGCUGCAUAUCUUUGAGCUUCUCGAAGCCAUACUUCUCGACGUCGACGACCGCACAUUACUUGUCUCUGCACAAAGAGUCAACAAACGCUGGUGGAAUGUCAUUGGCAAUCCCAACUUUCAGAAACGACUUUUCUUCAUUCCAGACCACGACGCCUUGGGAAGUACGGUCAAUCCGUUGCUCUUAGAGUACUUUGCUUUCUGCUUGCAUCCCCGUCCCAUAGAUGAAGAUACCCAUGAGGAAACAUACAUCUCCCAAGAUCGUACUCCCCCCAGUAACGAUGUCUCCACUCUAUCUAAUCGGAACUUAAAUUCAACUGAGCUGGUUGCAAUCAAAGACAAAGCAGAAGCUUUUAGCAGAGUAGAAGCAUCGUGGAGACGAAUGUUUACACACCAGCCGCCCAGGGUGGGAAUACACCAGCAGUUUCAUGGCAGAGUGGACCCGUCGUUUCGGUUAGGAAUUGGGUGUCCCAAGCAUAACUACGAGAUCUCCUACCAAGAACAACAUGUUGACAAGUUUGUCCGCAUGUCGACGGUGAUCGAGUACUUUUUUAGGCCCGACAAAGCCGUCGACCACCGUUUCCCCCAUGAGUUUCCACCUUGGCUCAGAAGAGUGGUAAUGGUCAAGCACUUCCAUGGUGGCUACGAGCGCUGGCGGAGAUAUGGCUAUCCACAUGGACCAUAUGGCCAAGUGUUCUUCUACUAUCACGUAAUGCCAGAGUCCAGCGACAGCCCCUGUCAUAAUUUUGCUGGCCUUGGGGAAAUUCUGCUACUUCGCAGAUCCUGGGGAACAAACUGCGUCUGGUACUUGAAGUCAAAAUUGGAGCGAAUGUUGCAACUGAUGGCAAAUUAUCUGGAGCUUCAACAAGAUUUGAUGAAUUCGGCCAAUGGAAGACCAAGGAGAGGGCUAUACAAAUAUUUCCAGAACUCGGACGUGGAACGAGGUUUGCAAAGACUGAGGAACUUUUUCGGUCUUCAAACUCAGUCUGACGAUGAGGAUUGA